GAAAAAGUGUGGGAUUUCAAGGAAUUAAGCUAAUAAAAGUGGUGAGCCCUCUAACAAGGGUAAAGAGUUUGUGCCCGAAGACCAAAAAAUAGGAGUAUAUCGAACUCCUAGAACUGCUCAAAAUAGGCAGUAGAUAGCUUAUUUCACCGAGGCUACCGUUGGGUUACAUCUUCCAAACUAUUGCCAUGCCUCCUCGACGUGGACUCCUACCUCUCACUAGAUCGGUUGGGAGGGGAAGAGGUCGUUCCCAACGUCGUCAACUAGAUGCAGUAAAGGAGGAACCGGCUGCAUUCACCAUUCGGGAAGCACCUGCUGCUGAGCAGGCCGAGACUCCUCCACAUUCUCCACAUUCUUCACAUCCUCUGCCACCUACUGGUACUCCUGCCAUGUCUCCUGAGGUAGUCCAAGCAUUAGCAGCUUUCUUUACCGCUAUUGUUGGCCAGGCUCAAGCUAGUCAAGCUCCUCCUAUAGUACCACCAAUUGCUCCUUCAGUACCACCACCCCCACCUCUAGUUCCACCGCCAGUACAAGAUGUAUCUAUUGCUAAGAAGUUGAAGGAAGCUAGACAAUUGGGUUACAUUUUUUUUACGGGCGAUUUGGAUGCCACCGUAGCCAAAGCUUCGAUUAAUCAAGUUUCGGAGACAUUGUCUGAUAUGAGGUUGGAUGAUCACCUGAAGCUAAUGGUGGCCACGAGAUUACAAGAGAAGAGAGCCCGUACAUGGUGGAAUUCAGUAAAAUCCCAUUCCACUACUCCUCUGACCUAGUCAGACUUUC